CGAUUUUAAGCACACGACACGCAAGUUUCUUCCCUGACUGACCCCACAACGGUUUCCUUCACAAUUCUGUGGCAAUAUACAGAAAAAUGAAUGGCCACAAGAUUCCCAUUAAAAUCUUAAUACAUGUGAAUAAGCUUGUCCUCCUUGCAACCGACUGUAACACCCAAAUGUAACAAUUCACGAGUGUAAUCUAAUACACUAGUUCAAAUACUGAACGCAACAGAGCAUAUACAAUGGCACUAAAACUUGGGUUUCUAACUUCUCUAGCUCCGGAGAUUUCAGUAGGCAGCAGCAUCAAGCAUAAAUAUAACAAAAAUGCGGCGGUUUCUUCUUCCCGAAAGGAUACGGAAACACUUUUAAUUGGAUUGCGUCACCACUACAUACUUAAUUCUUGCAGUGGCGUGAAGAUUAGGACUGCAAGCCCACCUGCUGCUGCGGCAAACAGAACCGAAGAAUCUGGUGUUUCAGAAGAAUCACCUGAUGAAUACAGGUCAGCAGGAUCAUCAGUUCAGUCUCAAUUAGAUAUCUUGGAACGAUUGACAUCUAACAGCACUGUCAACCUAGAAGGGAGUUGGCAAUCUCAGGUUCCAUCCAAAAAGAUUAUUCGUGAGCAGCUCAGUGAAUUGGUAAGCAAUGAUGUUGGCGAAGCCACAAUACCACUUGGCAAACGUUUCAAACCUCCGAAUUUAAACUCCUUAACAAUAUCUCAGAAACGAAAUAUCAAGAGACAGGACUAUUUGAAUAAAGUGGCCAAAAGGAAUGAUAUACCAUUUUUCACAACCAUUGCUUUGUUUGUAAUUCUCCCUCCUAUUGUGAUAUUAGGAGUAUCUGUUGCAACUGGUUAUGUAGAACUUUUUCCUUGAUCCAAUUUAUGGUUGAACUUAAAGAUUUGUUAAGGGUGGGUGUGGAGACAUUCAAAGCAAUCUCUGUGAACUAUGUGCUAGCAGAAGAAUCUAAAGAGCUGCUAUUUACUUUGUUGAAUAUCAAGGAAAGAACCUAAACUGUCAAUAGUAGUGGCUUGCUAGCAAUUUGUACCUUCUUGUGUCAGAAAGGCAGAAAUGAGUAACACAGUACACUACGUAUUUUAUAAUAUAGUCUACAUCAAGGAAGAGAUUCAAUUACGUAACCCCUUAAAUUCAUGUAUUACAAAUGUUUAGGUGGUACUAUGUAAUACUCUUUUAAGUUGUUUGGGUGUUUUGGAUUCCAUGGGUUGGAUCUAUAAUUUGUUUAAAAUAUUUCGGCUUUUAUUUUGUUC